CACUAGCAAGAUGUCGACCGUCGAGUUGAAUCCGAAACCUUUGCGGGUUUCUCCUUUCAUCAAGUUUUGCCGCUGGAGUCUGCUCCUUACUGGAAUUGCUUAUGGUGCAUACCAUCACAGAAGAUUGAAGAAAAGAGAGGAUGCUCGUAGAGCAGAGGAGCUGAGACUUAAACCUAUGCGCGACGCCAAGCUAGCUGAGGAGAAGAGACUUUCUUUAAUAGCGGAACAAAAAAUGCUUGACGAAUUUUUCGCUCCGGCCAAGGCAACAUAAACAUAAUUUGUUUGGUGUUAGUAUAUAUAUAUAUAAUGUAUGUUACACGAGCGAAAUACUGAAUGAUUUGUAUGUAUCUAUAGAACUAGUCGACUUGCUACUUUAACAUCAUUGUCACAGUCAC